AAGUGGCGCUCACCCGCAGCCGUGUUGUUGACAGAAACGGCCGCUUAGCGCACAGUCGCACAUAUGGACAAACGGCGCGUUGUCUUUUUCUACAUAACAUCGAGGAGCUCGUCUUAAUGUCUGAAACAUGGCGAAGCUGGUUCGCACGACGGCUUUAGUGUUAUACCUAUGGAGUGUCUUCGUGCACUUCGGCCGCAUGUCAGGUCUCGGGGUCAAUGAGCUGCUUUACUUCCGGGUCAUCAGUCCGGAGGAGAUCGGCUACAUCUUCAGCGCGGCACCUGCUAAAGACUUCGGAGGAGAUUUUACGUCAUCGUACGCUGAGAUUUUCCUCGUGCCGGCAGACCCAGCAGACGGCUGCUCGGAGCUGGAGGACAGAGACGUCAUCCAGGGACAAGUGGUGCUGGUGGAAAGAGGAGGUUGCUCCUUCGUACAAAAGGCCCGACACGUGGAGGAAGCUGGAGGCAAAGCCGUUCUGAUCGCCGACGAUGCCUCGGACAACGACAGUCAGUACCUCGACAUGAUCGCCGACGGGAGCGCCGCCAAACCGAGCAUCCCGGCCCUCUUCCUGUUGGGCCGCGACGGGAUGAUGAUCAGACGAUCGCUUCAGAGACGAGCGCUGCCGUGGGCGGUCAUUUCCAUUCCCGUCAACGUGUCCUCGUUGGCCUCGUUCCCACUCAAGCAGCCCCCCUGGACUCUGUGGUAGAAAUGACGCGCGCACACGACCAAGAUUACGGUCGUCGGCGCGUAUCCUGUCAAACCUCCGCAGCCUUGCGGGGGAAAUUCUUCAUUGUUGGUUAAACAAAAAGUUAGCACACGUCCACAUAGUUGUGUGAUGUUAGAGAAUCAGCCGAGAGGCACGGAGAGACUUUCAACGCUGUCCCAAUGGACUUCUCCACCAGAGCUGUCGAACCGGGUGAAGACCGGCGACUUCAGCGAGAAACACGCAUGCCUCGCCUCAGUGCUCAGUGACGCUACGGGACGACGACAACAACAACAGUAAAACAAGCCGCGUAUAUUAAACUAUAGUACAGCUUACCAGGAAUGUCAUCUCACUGUAAAAUGAUAAUAAAGUACUGCUCAUUUGCAUGAAGUGAAACAGGGCCUUUGUUUCUCAUAUGGUUGAUACUUCUUAAAUGUUUUGUUUUCCUGCAUAAAAUAAUCUAUUGCCGAUACACACAACUUUUAAAGGUGCACAUUCAGGGGAAAAAAUGGAUGGAAAGUCAAGAUAACGAGAAAUGAUUUAUUUCGGGAAAUGAACCACCACUAAUUAUGACUGGAAAAUGAUAGCAAGAUAUUCUAGCCCAUGUGGUCUUUGUGAAGCUCCCAUUGGUAACACAGUGGAGGGGACUGUGUCCGACUUGGACUCAUUUUGCAAGAUGUAUUUGAUGUGACUAAAAAAAUUCCUUUCAACACUUGAAAUGAUAAGGGAGCACAACAUGUAAACCGUGCUUUGGUGUUUCUUUUUUUACCUCUAAGAUUUCAUUUAACCUUUUAUGUUUAGAGAAUGUACAAAAGCACAUGUGUAUUGAAGAUCAAAAAGAUUGUAACUGAUGUCCAGAAACACUUUUGCAAAUAUCUAAGGCAGAAUCAAAGGAGAGAAUAGCUGGAUUGUUCUUGCGGCAGCCAUGAAGAAAAAAAUAGUUGCAUCUUGGUUUUUUGAUAUGGCAUGAAUGAUGUUUUUUAUCUGCUUAUAUAUUAUUCUAGAUGUAUAUUAAUAAGGUGCAAAGAGGUCAGGACAAUUCUUUUGACAUUUAAUCGGGAAAGUGGAGCACAAAAUAUUUCAAACAAGGCAUUUAUGGAGGAGUCAUGAAGUAUUAGAUUUCUGUUUUAGUUGAAUUCUUAGACUUUUCUUUAUUUUUUCAUAUAUUUCCAACAGAAUCUGAAGCCGGUGACCUUUUAAAAUGUAUUUAAAAGAUCUCCACAUCCCCAUAAGCGACUUUACUCUGCUAAACCCUCUGCAGCAUGUUGCGUUUUCUUCCCCACGUGUACAAUUACUGUAUAUUCCGGUUACAUUUUCUGUUUGAAAAAAAGGAACAUGAAUAUCAUAUAAUGGAAUAAAGGUUUUGAAUCACAA